GACACAGCAGAAAUGCUGACGCACUUUCAAGUCAGCAAGGUUUAUAAAAGGCCGUCCGUAAUUAAAGUGUAUAGUUUUGCAGCGUUUGGAUUUUGCUGACUUUUCUUUAGAUUAAGGAAAUUUUAUUGAAAAAUGGAGUUCCCAGAGCUUGGAAAACAUUGUUCACUGGAAAACUGCAAACAACUCGAUUUUUUGCCAGUUGACUGUGAUCUUUGUAAGAAAGUUUUCUGCAAGGAUCAUGUUGGAUAUGAGCAGCACGCAUGUACUGAGAAAUAUCAAAAAGAUAGAAGAGUUCCUGUCUGCCCAUUGUGCAACCAACCAGUUUCAAUUAAGCCAGGAGAGAUUCCUGACAGAAGGGUGAAUGAUCAUAUAGAAAGUGACUGUAAAUCUGAUCUGGCUUUAGCAAAGAGAAAGACAUACACCAAUAAAUGCUCAGUGAAAGGAUGCAAACAAAGGGAGCUCGUUCCUGUCACCUGUGCAACUUGUAGAAAGAACUUUUGCUUGCGUCAUCGACAUGAGAACGAUCAUGAAUGCAUAGAUCUGACUGCAACAUCUUCAAAAGGGGUGAUGAAGUCCUCUGCUGCUCAAGCUGCUGGGCAAGCAGCAGCUGCAAGAUUUGAAUCAUAUAAUACCUCUAGAAGAAAGCAAGCACCCAUGCGUUCGACUGCCUCUGCUACUAGUAAUACCUCAAACAGUAACAAGCAGCUACGGAACCAGUCGAGUUCACAAGGCCAUUCGCAGACAACGAUACAAAACCACCAAGGGGGAAUGACCGAGGAUGAGGCCCUUGCUUUCGCAUUGCAAGCAUCUCUUGCGGAUACUCAUCAGCCAAAGGAGGAGGAGCAUUCGAGUAACGCAGUUAACAGUGAUGAAGACUCGGCUCUUGCCCGCGCAAUAGCGCAAUCAGAAAUCGACGAAAGAAAUAGACAAAGGGAGGCUUCUCAGAAUCGGACAGAGAAAACCCAUUGCAGUGUCACGUGACCUAGCGAUGUGGCUUUUAUGUCAAUCAGGUAUAUAUCGUCGAGCAGAUUUAUAAUUGUUACAAGGCGCCAUUGAUUGACUCUUCAUAAGAUUAUUGCUAAUUCUUAUAUUAAAUGUAUUUUAUAAAAUAUUUAAUUUAUGAUUUUUUGCAUUACCUGUAUAUCUUAAUUGAAAAACGGAAAUGUUCUUCGAAAAGCUUUUCUGCGAAGUUUGAUAGCUGACAAGAGCUCGUAUGGACCACCUUAUUUAUCUAUGUAUGUUCCAAUCGAUUAUGUGGCACGCCAGUCUUUUAGAAAACAACCAGGUCUGGUAUUUUGCAAUCAAAGUAUACUAUCAGAAUGUGCCAUUGACAACCAUGUUCUGUAAAUUUUAAACUACAAACAGCAAAUUUGAGAUAACAAAACUGCGAACUUUAAAUUAUAAUCAAAAUUUUUAGAUCACAAAGCAAAAAAUUGUUUGGAUCACAAAGGAAACUUCUUACUACAAACUACAAACUUACUAAAAUUGUUAGAUUGUUAAUUUUUUGUUUACCCUCAGAAGCAAAAUGCUUUCGAAUUAAAGUUUGAAAAGAAUUUUCGACAGAUCCUUUUGUGCAAUUGAGUACUCUAAUAAUACUACAAACUAAUUCCUCUUCUCCAAUAAACCCUUUGGAAUAAGAAUCCCUCUUGUUUUAAAUAACUCAUUCCCUAACGCUUUUGCGAUUUUAGCGAAUUGAUGAGAUAUUACACCCCUCUAAAGGCCUUCCACUAUUUUCGAAUCUGGUACCCUGGGUAGCUGUGAGGGUGAAGGGGGGGGGGCACCUAGACAUAUGAAAUAUUCACCUUGAAAUUCUCUACCACAUAGAUAAAUUGUUCAAUUUGCAAACGAAUUCCUUACCAAUUUCCUUGAUUACAACCUGUUAGGCAGGGCCCAGAGAACAUGGCAGGCAGAUGGUCGAAGUCCGUGCGGAAGACUAGGAAAAAUAGCCACGCCCAAACCCCCCAUGUCUUCGUUUUAUGGGGACGGCUAUCAUAGUUUGAUGGUUUUAUUCGAAGGAAGGAUGAAUACAUUUCUGGAUUGUUCUAUCAGAAUUUAACAAAACAGGUCGAGUCGAGUUACAAAAGGGUGCUGUCCCGGCGGGCUCAGUCAGUUGGUCAAACGAAUAUUGUACGAGUUCCGAAAAACUCGGAGAAAGGAUGGUCUGAAAGUUAGAAUUCUAUGACAUAGCAUCUUGAAAAUAGGGUUGAUUUUUUCGAGAUGUAGUGAAGUAAGCAAUAUGUUGUGUAGUGAAGUAAGUGAUACGUUGCAUUUAUGGUUUUACAGCUGUCUGAUUUUGUUAAUUUAUAUCAACAGCCAUAAGGGAUCGUUGUAAAAAUCAUCUAUAGUGAAUUCUGCUCUUUAAUAUGCUUUUUGACAUGAGGUUAAGAAAUAUAAUGGUUCUUACAUUAAUUGGUUUCAAAAAUACUUGCUCAAGAUUGAGUAUUCUCAGUGAAAAGGGUUUGAAAAAAAUGGCAAAGUCAGACAAAAAAGACAUUUUACGCAACCCAGAAUCAGAGAUUAGGGCCUAGUUUCUACUUUCAUGAUCACACAUGAUAUACAGUGGACCAACUGACUUAGCCCGCCGGGGUGCUGUCGGCAUUUGGAUAAACUAGGCCCCGCAUUCUUGACUAGUACAAACUUACGUUUAUUCUAUAGUGACUUUCUUAGUGUCAACAUGCAUUUCUUGUCUCUUGUUUUAUCUCUUUUCGCAGUUUUAGAGAAGCAGAAAGUUAAAAGCAGCAGUCACAUCGAACAGGGUUUUGGUGCCUUAAAAAAAUUAAAUGGUUUGCCUCUGCUAGUCCUAGAUUAGAAUUAUUUGCAGCACAAACUCUCGUUGAUCCUUGUGGCUAAUAUGCCAAAUUGUUAAGCAUAGACGUAGGAAACAUUUGAAAAAUGGGGGGAGAGCACCUAGAACAUCUCCCUGUGUUCAUGUUUUAGUGGUGUUGACUCUAUUUAUCAAUGGAAAGUGUUGUCUAUACAUUUAAUGCCAUAGAUGCCGAUGAUACCUGCAUCGUAGAGGAUUUGGGAGCGGCUCACUUUAUUUUUGAACCUUGCACAAUAAAUUGUACUUAAAAAUUAGCAAUCGUGAGUUCAUAGUUUAACUUUUAUCUUACCUCUCUCACCUUCUGUUAUUCGCCUUCCCCAGGCUUCAAAAUUGAGAGAACUACUUUAAUAUGCCACGUGGCAAGUUUCCCGCAAGACGCCUAAUAUGCGAUUGUUACAACGACGAGACAUAAUGAUCAGUGAAUAUCACAUCAGAAAUAUUCAUCAAUUGUAGGUGACCAGAUCAUUCAAAAAUAAGGCUUUCCUUAAAUAUUGUUAAUUGGCAUCAAGGUUCUAUUAAUACACCGGCUUUCAAUUACUUUGAACAUGGUCUUGAAAAUCAAGCAGUUAAGUGUUCGCUAGGGUUUUGUAUUCAGUUUAUAAAUUGAUCUUUUACAGUUUUGCAUCAGGUCCUGCUCCAAAAAAAUUUGUCAACACCAGAAGGAUAGGCUAGAGUCGCAGCGCAUAGAAUUGAUUUGACGGGGAUGGAAGGCUAAAUGUUUUUGGUAGCUCAAAUAGCAAAAUGCCAAUUUGAGAGUUAUGUGGGCUCAGCCCCUUCAACCCCCGCUUCCACAGUCUCUGAAAAUAUGUAAAUAUGGUUUUAUAAUAGGGUGAGUCUGGCACCUUGGGAAAUCUUGAUCAUUAAAUCAUUAAAAAACUGGGGUAUUUGUAAAUAUAUUUUGGAACACUUUUAUUUUAGUCUGUCUCAGUAUUAGUUUCACGAUUUAAAGGGUAACAGAGACACAAGUUCUAGGCCAAACGAUAUGUCAAGGCAAAGUUGAAGUGCGUGAAUAAUGAAUGAAUAGAAUACAUUAUUGCUAAAAAUGAAAUGUAAAAAUUAUUACAUGUUUACAAUUUCAAGUUUUGCGUGGCUAUAUUAAUUUCCUUGAUAAGCUCAAAAGACCUUUCAAUGCACGCAAAGAACUGGUUAAUCAAAGAACAGAUCUUGCAUUAAUCAUCAAUUUAGUUUCUGCAAACAUUAAUUUGUUGGUCGUUUGUUAGAAUUGCAAUGUUUUUCCUUUAAAACCAAUUAGCUUUCUUAAAACUGGACUUGCUACAAGUCUCUCUCUAUCCAUUUAGUAAUCUGAAAAAUAUAGAAAAGGAAAAAAAGAAAAAAUAUAAGGGAAGGAGAGAGUCUCUCUCGUUCCCUCCCGUUUUUUCUUUUUUUUCCUUUUCUUUAUUUUUCAGAGGGAGAGACUUGUAGCAAGUCCAUCUUAUAGCCAGAAUCUGUCGGAACAGCAAGACAUUCUUGGCAAAGAAAUCAAGCUUUAACUGAUUAGCCAGCCCCUCGAAAGUAAUUGUACAGACUAAUAAAUGUGGUUGGAAAAAUUCUUAAGACUUGACUCCAUUAAUUAGAACAUCCAGUGAGCUGAGCUGAGAAUAAUCAUAUUGAUGGACUUAUGUAGCUAAACAAUUGAUGGUAAUGUUGGGAGGUGAGAAAAUAUUUUUGAACCAGUAAAUCAGAGCUACUUGGCAACAAGGCUUCCUUGAAGAAAAUGGAAAAGGUGCUGGAUGUCCGGCGGGCUCAGACAGACAGCUCCAAUGUAUAUAAUGUGUGUUCCUAAAAGUAGAAACAGGAUCCUAAUUGCUGACUGUGGGUUACGUAAAAUGUACCCUUUUCUCUGACUUUGCCAAAAAAAAUUUAACCCUUUGCACUGAGAAUACUCAAGCUUGAGCAAGUAUUCUUGAAACCAAUUCAUGAACCAUUCCAUUUCUUAACCUUAUUUCGAAAGGUAUAUUAAAGAGCAGAAUUCACAAAAAUUGAUUUCAACAACGAUCCCUUGUGGUUUUGAUAUAAAUUAACAAGAUAAGACAGCUAUAAAACUAUAGAUGCAACAUAUUGCUUACUUCACAACGCUGUGUUCAAUGUUUUUUAUGAAGAAAAGGAAAAGUUGCUUCAAAUUCCAAAUAAUACCAUGCAAUCAGUACAAACUAGCAAAGACCUAAAAUUUUUAUCUGGGAUUAGAACACAAGACAAGGCUAGAUGAUACUGCAAAAUUAGUGGUACUCAAAUAGCCAUCGAUUCACCAAAGAAAUUAUCUGUAACAUCAUAUCAUUAAAUUCCUACCCUUUUGUGGUUCCUCUGACUGAGCAAAAAAGGAACCCUAUUUUCAAGAUUCUAUGUCCCAGAAUUCAACUUUUCAGACCACUUUUUCUCAAAGAGUUUCGGAACUCACAUAAUCUACGUGUGACUACCUGAUUGAGCCCGCCGGGACUGGAUAGUGUGAGAGAAAAUGUGCAAGUAACGAUAAGCAAUUAGUUUUUUUUGCAAAAUUUCAACAUAUCACCAUGAGAUCAGUGAUAUCAUAUUUCUUAGAAUUUGCUUUGCUUUGAAAAGGCCAUCAUCAUUGCUCUCAUCGCACUGUCUAGAAAAUGGCCCUGUCAAGAAAUAGAGCCAUAAAGGACUCAUUGCUUACAUAAAAUCAUCAUUAAUCAUACAUAAGAAACUCAUGAUUUAUUAUCGUUCAACCACUUAACAAGCAACCACUGAACAAGCCAACAGAACAUGUUUCAUGCAUUUUCGAUUACUCGGGAGUUUAGCAGAUGCAUUAUGUACUAUCUUACAUCUUUUCCCGUCGAAAUAUAUUUUUUCCCCGCAAAGAAUUUUAGUGACCACCGUUGAAAACACAUGAUUUGAGAAUUUUCUCCGCCGAAUUUUCAAUACCCAUUGGGGGCAUUACUGAGGAGGGGGGUGUAAUGAUGGAAGGAAAACAUAUUUUUGAUCAUAUUCUUGCAUAAUCUUGAUGUACUUUCAUUCCCUGUCAAAUGGUAUGAUAGCUGAUAAGAGUAUCUCUCAGACUUGUUCGAGCUAUUCAAAAAUAGAAUAUUGGGUAGUCAUGGGCAAUGCCGGACGCUGGGCAAUCACGGACAAAUCUACUAAGAAAUAUUUUUUGAAUCUGUCGUGAUCAUUUGAUGAAAAUCUUUUUAAAAAGCAUGUUUUGGUACCUUUUAUGUUUACUUUUUCCCCUUUUUGAGCUCCUUUGCUGUAUGCGCUAAUGAAUAAAUGUGUUUUGGAUGCAUGUCGGUGAAGUGAAUGGCCCUAAAUUUCCUCUAUUUUCUACUCUUCGAAAUCGAGAGGUCGCUCUCUCCAAUGAUCAGGGAAUGCUCAAUGUUUUUUAUUUGACCUCAUGCUAUGAUUGAUUGCACGAUUGAUAAAUAUAUUUGGAUUGGAUAACAAGGGUAUCCUCAUCGCAUGGCACGAUAUUGAGAUUCCCCAGCAUUUCUGGACCAAGUAGAUUGCACGUGCGCAUGGGCAAUGCCGGACAGCUAAUGGGAUGAUUCCCUGAAAAAUGGCGUGGCCAGAAAAUUUUGAUAAAACCCAUACUGAUGGAAUAAAUUAGCCCUAUUCCCGGCAAGAGAUAACAGUUUUCCAGUUUAAUAUUGUUCUGUGCAAGAUCACAAUUGAUAAUACGAGAUCGGAUAAAAUCCCGGCUUUUUCGUCAGAGCUAAUUAUUGUCAAACCUUUGAUUAUACAUGUUUUCAACUAAUAAAGACAUUUCUCGGGAAAGUAUUACCAUUUUUCACCUCAGAAGUAAACUCUUGCCUUAUCCCUAGCCCCCUGGCCUUAUUUUGUAUUUUCAUUUAGAUCACCAAAACUGUGUUGUGUUUAAUCUGACUGCCCACCAUUACCCAUGGAUGCCCCAUAUUAAUUAAUCACAUUGAGUGAUUAGCGUUGAUUUAAAAAAAACAACAAACUAUGUAAAUGUAAUGUAAAAAUAAAUUCAUCAGAAAAUUUCGUUAUAGAUAUGGUAUAGAUAUCGAAAAGAAAUAGUGGUAUUGACAGAUUGGUAAAAUAAUUGAAUGUGUCCGACAUUACCCAUGACCGCCGUUAGCGGCGAAACCAUACAAAAUAAAAUUGAUAUAUAAUUACAAUUUUUUAAUUUUCGAUUAAUUUACUCUUUUAAUGAUUAAUAUAUAGACCAUAGUGGCUGGAUAUUUUCAAUACUGAACUAAUGCAAAGCAAAUGUUUAGUUUACAAAAG